CAGUGGCGGCGGGCGGUGGUGGAGGCAGAGGAAGAGGUUAGAAAGUGUGAGUGAGGGGGUCUGACCGGUCCUUAGUCAGUUGGUGAGAGCGCCUCUGCUACGCUGCCGCACAGUCGAGCUCCAGCACCAGGGAGCGCAGCCAUGACUACGACGGUGAAGAGGAAGUUGCGCAAGACCUCCGAAAGCAAUGCGGGACCCAAGGACCCUGCGGAGUACGGGAUCGCCUGGGCCAAGACCUUGUACACAACCAUACUCCUGCUGACAGAGCUCCUGGUCCUUGGGUUUCGUCUGGUCUGCUGCUCACUCGAGUCUCUCUACCACUUACUGCUUCCUCCCGUCGAGAAAUCUCUUGCCAAUGAAAUAGUUCUGGUAACGGGUACGGGGCAUGGGAUUGGCCGGGAGUUGUGCUUCCAGUUCGCGCCUCACGGCUGUACCGUGGUCUGCUGGGACAUCGACUCCAAAGGCAACCAAGAGACCAAGGCCUUGCUUGCCAAACAGGGAUACACCAAAAACGUACACGUGUACACGUGCGAUGUCUCCAACAGGAACGCCGUGCUGGCGACCGCCGCCAAAGUGAAGGCCGAGGUGGGAGACGUGACGGUGCUGGUUAACAACGCGGGAAUCAUGCCCUGUCACCCCUUGGCUGGCCACAAGCCGGAGCAGAUACAGAAGAUCUUUGACGUUAACGUCCUCGCUCAUUUCUGGACGCUGGAAGCCUUCCUGCCGUCCAUGGUAGAGAAGAACCACGGUCACAUAGUAGCCUUGUCGUCCAUGUGUGGCAUUAUGGGGAUCCCCAACGCGGUACCUUACUGCGCAUCAAAGUUCGCUGUCAGAGGUCUGAUGGAGGCGCUAUACGAGGAGAUGAGAGCCUCAGACACGAGCGUUAGGAAGUCACAGAUCAAGUUCACCACAGUCUAUCCCAUCAUGGUAGGCACUGGUCUAGUCAAGAGGCCUAGGAACAGGUUUCCGGCAUUACUGGAUCUUCUGCCACCUGACAGAGUAGCCUCCAAGAUUGUCAAAGCCAUGAGAAGAAACUACAAAGAGCUCAGUCUGCCCACACCCAUGCUCACUCUCGAUAGAAUAUCAAGGUUACUACCUGGUAAAUUUAUCCAGCACACGAAGGACUUUUUGGACACCGGAGUGGACCCUGAGGAUUGACCGUACUUGAAGGAAACCAACCCAAGAAGACAUGUUAUAUACUUACAACAAUGCAAUGCAUUAAUGAUCUCUUGAGUUGUAUUGUUGAUCAGUAUUAGCCUACAAUGGAUUGAACAAGUACCUGUGAAUAAUCAAAUAUGUAAAAUAUAUUUAAACACUAUUGCUUUAGUUAUGGUGCAAGAAAAUACAUGUAAAGAGGCCGAUUCCGAUAGUGUUAUUACACAAGAGAUAACUCAUACAAUACUAUAAAUCGAACACUCAGACAGCCCUAUAUGGAGUGAGAGACUCAGGUAUUUUAGGUAGUAAAUAUUUCAACACAAGCAAUAAAGUGGCGCAGCACUAGCGUCAGACGUUAGAACUAACUGAAAAAUCCCCCGGGCUUCAUACAACUAUACUCGUACAUUUAUUACCUUUGUAGCUUAAACUAAUACAAUCAAAGGUUUUAGACAACAGAGAAGAGACGAGAAUAAUUUUUCUGAAGGGUCUUCACUGACAGGGAAUCUAAAAAAAAUAAGAAAAUAAGAAGUCUUAGGAGAAAAUACUGUGAAAAAUGUGUAUUUCGUGUCUGAUUUAAAUAAGUAGUUUUGUAAUUCAAUUUUUAGUACUACCUAAUGAACUACAUUCGCCUUUACAGCGUUCAACUGUUUAUAUUAUUAACCCCUAAAAUAUUCAAGAAAUUAAAAAUAUGAUCGGAAAGGAUUCAAGUUUUUCUUAGGCCUUUUCAUUGUUGCCAAUGGCAGGCUUCUAUUUGUACCUCAUAAUUGUACUAUUUAACGUUAACAAUAGUAUAGCAUUAAGGAGCUAUUUUUACAUCGUAAGUUCUUCUCACCACUCAUAUACUUUAAAUGAUUAAUUUAAAAGUAUCUUAUAUAUUUAAAUGUUUUUGAUAAUCUAUGAAUUACAAAUUAAAACACCUGUUAUAAUAGAAUUACGAUUGAUAAGCACGACUUUUCUCUUGUCUAAAAUACAAUUACUCCCAAUAAUCUUGUGACUUUAAAAAAAAUAAGAUUAGAUUUGAUUUAUUUUACAAUAUACAUUAAUUUUGUUCAUCAUUACCUGCUAUGAAGAUAUAAUCUUUAGAUUAAAUAAUAUGAUCAGAGCUAUUGAUUGCCAUGACAUUUAGAGCAUGUUUUAAUUUUAAUUUUAGGUUAUUUUAGAUUUGUAUUAACAGUAGAAGGCACGUAAUAUACUUUUUAUACGUAAUUGUUAAUUUCAUUUUGGCUGGUAGGAACACUUCCAAUCAUGCAAUUAUGUUUAUUCCAAAGGUGUUUGUGUCUUAUUUAAGUUAUUUAAUGUGUUAGUAGCACUUUAUAAAUUUAAAUUUAUGUAUUAUUACAUGAAUAAUAUAUUGUAAUGAUAGCAUGAAUUAAUCUUUUGAAACUGUUAAAUAAAGUACGUCUGUUAAUACAUUUUAUUUGUUAGCUUUACACACAAACAUGUAAGUUAGUACUUUUAGCUUUAUUAAUAGCGUUUGUACAUAACAAUAAAUUUAAUUCGAAUUUUG